AUGGAGAUCGGCGCCGCUAUCGAGCCUCUCGUCGUCCUCAAUGCCCCUCCACCUCCGCCGGGUUUAGGAUCCGAGGAGUCCGAGCAAAAAGUUCUCCCCCUGAGCCGAAUCAAGGGGUGUCAGGGUGGGAGUUGGGGGGAUUUCUCAAGAAGCGGUAGCCAUUCCUCGCACCCCGGCUUCGUUAGCUGGGCCGGGGUGGGGGUGAAGAGAAAAAUCCCGGUGGGUUUUCGGAAGGGCUUCCCUUCCCGGGCGAAGUCGGAGCCAGGAGACCGGGCUUCGCACAUCUCCCCUUCGGCCUCUGCCUCCAGUCCCCUGCCAGCUCCCCCUUUAAUUUUUUUUUUCCUCUCCUUUAAUCUAAUUUCUUCCAACUCCACCUUUGUUGUUAAUCGGCGUCACGCCGGGAUCAGCCAAUCCUCGCCACGCAAUCGGCUUGUCAAAAAGACUGGGCCAGCCCUGGGAAAGCAGGCCACGGGCGCUGCCCCCACUCCCGUCCUCCCCUCCACCCCACCGUCAGCCGGCAGCCCCGAGGGGAGCCUGGCACCCUGGCCUCUCCGCGCAAGCCGCAGCGGGGCAGCCUUCGCCGAGGCCUCCCGCACUCCAGCACCCUGCGGCCCGGAGAUCGAAAGGCCUGGGCGGAGGCCACGCUCUACCCUCCCACUGCAGGCGGCUGUGGUUGUCGGGCUCAGCCUUCCCUCCUCCGAGGAAGGCUUAUUAGGACGCAGGGAGCCAGAAGAUGGAAGAACGCCUGGUUCCAACAGGCGUGCCUACGGUUUGGGCCAUAGCAUUGGAGGCAGCCAUUGCUCCUGCUCCCAGGCCGCCAGUCUCCCUCCCACACCAACACGGCUCCAGCCCACAUCUCCGCCAGCUGGGUCACCAGCCCCUUUGGACUCUCCCCUGGCACACAGCCUUCUCCAUCCUCACAAAACCGCCUCGGCUGCUGUUGUGAUUCCGCUUGUCUCCUGGGAGGAAUGAGAUUCCUUUCCCAGGACUUCCACAGCCCUCAUCUGCCACGUUUCACAAACAGGGAGGAAAACCCUGUCAAGAUCUGAGAGAAAGGCAGAGGGAUAGAGAGUUAGAAACAU